CACACACACACACACUUGCUUGCCUCAUCAGCACCAGAUUGGGCCGCCUAGCUGCUGCAUUCUCUGCGUCUCUCUCUUUUUCUCUCUCUAGCCCUAUGCAUCUCUCCUUCCCUUACCUAAACCUCCGGCAGCAUUUGGAGCUUGCAGAGCGGUGAGCAGGACGGGGGCCAUCACUUGCAGGCAGCAUGUUUUGUGGCACAUUACAACAUCCAUAACAACCAGAGAAAAGGUUGAGACCGCUACUUUCCAAACAGCAACCAAAAAGCACAAAAGGCAGGAGCAAAGGAGAGAUGACAGACCAGCACUAGAAAGGAUGAGAGCCCUGGCCAUGCCUGUCUGCUCUGCCUGUCUGCUCUGCCUGCCCCUCCUUCUGUUGUGUGGACUGCUAGGAGGUUGGGUGCUGUCUAUCUGCCCCACUGUGUGCUUCUGCAGCAGGGGACAUCGUGUGGUGGACUGCUCCUCACGUGGUCUAACCAAGCUACCGCCUGGUCUGCAGCACAACAUCCACUUUCUCAACCUCUCUUUCAAUAGCUUGCAGGGUCUGGAAAAUCAGCUCACCCACUAUGCCCACCUGCGAACCCUGGACCUGUCCUACAACCGCCUGGAGACCAUGCCCCCCGCCCUGCCGCGGUCUCUGUGGGACAUCCGAGCGGCAGGCAACCAUCUACGAUUGCUGGACAAAAGAGACACAGCUUACCACUGGAACCUGAAAGUACUGGAUCUUUCAGACAAUGAGCUGGAGAGAGUGGUCUUCAUCAACAACACCCUUGCAAGUCUCCUAACUCUCAACCUCAGUCACAACAGGUUUUGGACGGUGCCCACAAAUUUGCCGCACAACUUGGAGAGCAUUGAUUUGUCACAGAACUAUCUCAUGCAGAUCCUGCCUGGCUCUUUGGAUCGGCUGCCAAAGCUGGCUAAGUUCUUUUUGCACAAUAAUCGUUUCUCUUUUUUGUCUAAAGGGAUAUUUGAUAAGCUGGUGGGGCUUGAGGUGAUGACUCUUGGGGAUAACCCCUGGGCUUGUGAAGAAGAAGAAAAUAUAACCAAGCUCUUGACAUGGGCUGAGCAGACCCGUGCCACGAUCUUAGGUUGCCCCUGUUAUACAAGACCUAUUUGUGGGCAAACCCAUCAGGCAAUGCCAGGGAGGGAGUGGCACUCUGCACUGUUCACAGAGAUACCACUUUGGGUUAACAGCAGAGCUGAAGGGCAUGAUGGUCAAUCACCUGCAAGGAUUGCAGAGGUCACGUCUAGUUACCAGGAAAAAUCGGCUCUUUUUGACACAGGAUUCUAUCAGGACAAAAGAGGAGUGAAUGACUCUGGGGACCAAAGGAUGUUUGUCCGGACAUCUCCCACAAACUUUGACCGUUUUUCCACACACCUAAAAACAACAGCAAGCUCACUGUCUUCAAAGAAGCCCAAAGCUGCUAACUCAAGGAAUAAAUGUGACAAACUCCUAAUUGACAUUCAACAAACUGUCAGCCUGACUAUUUUAGCUAUGCUGAACGGAUUUAAUACUUCCUGAACCAUGUUGAAUAGAUAAAAAAUACACUACUUACUGGAGUACUUCUGACAAUGAAUGUAUGACUAAGUUAGUCAACUUAGCAGCUCCUUCAUUUGUCUUGCAAAGAACUGUUUUGACUCAAAAUAUCUGAAUACAUGGCUCAACUGGAGUGCUACUAUCAAUGCUCCUAUCUCAGUAAUGCUUGCACACUUAUGGACUGCUGUACUCUAUGCUAUCUUCAUAACAGUGAUGCCUGUGCUACAUUUGGUCCUGCUGAUUAGUGAGUAGUCAGCCUAAGAAGGUCUACACAAACAAAAUAGUGAACAAAUUACCAAUAAAGGCCUAGUUAAAUAAAAAAUAAAUUCAAUAGGAAUUCGUGGACUGAUUAUAGGU